UAUGUGUACUACCACCAAGGAGGUAUCCCCGGCCGUCGUCCUGUCAUUAGAGGCGGCAAGGGCCACGAAACCUUCAACGAAAUUCCAUUAGUGGAUGUGACCAACAUCACGUCGCCUUCCUUUGAAGCGCGCAAAGCAGUGGCCGAUAAAGUGGCCAAAGCCUGCACUGAGGUCGGCUUCUUCUAUGCCCAGAACCACGAUGUUCCCCAGGAAAUCAUCGACGAGAUUUUCGCCGCUAUCAAGGAAUUCUUCGCCCAGCCACAUGAAUCCAAGAUGGAAGUGCAUAUCCACAAGAAAAUUGGAUUCCGCGGCUUUGAGCCACUCUUCGAAACCAAGCUGGACGCGAAAACCCGCGGGGAUAUGAAGGAGUCCUUCCUUAUGGGUCCCGACAAGAGCGAUCCCGACCAGGAGCUCCCAUUCCCACCGCUAACGGAUCAGCCUUCGGUCAAUAACUGGCCACCAGACAACCAGCGUUUCCGUAUUGCUGUUACAAAGUACUACAAUCACUUGCAGCGGUUCUCGAAGCUGUUGACUCGAACUUUCGCCCUCGCUCUCGGUUUGGAGGAAACUUUCUUCGAUAGUAUGUGCACCUUUCCAGCAGGCUACGUGCGUCCAUUGCAUUAUCCACCUCAGGAAGUCAGUGGGGGGGAAGAGCCUGGCAUUGCAGCUCAUACCGAUUUUGCCUGCUUCACGGUUCUAUGUCAAGGAGAUGUUGGAGGCUUGGAGGUUCUGAACAAGAACGGAAUCUGGAUUGCGGCUCCCCCUAUUCCUCGUACUUUUGUUGUGAACAUUGCCGAUUUCGUGCAGCACAUCACAAACGGGCGUUUCCAGUCGACUGUUCACCGUGUCAUCAAUAAGACCGGCGAGGAGAGGUACUCGAUUCCGUUCUUUUAUGCGUUUGAUGACGAUGCAGAACUGGAGGUCUUGCCCUCUUGUCGUGAGGAGGGUAAAGAAUACGAGAAGGUUCGUGUUGGUGAGUAUAUUGCUCAUCGCUUCAAAGUCUCCCGAACCAAGCAUCCGGAUAAGGCCCAGGUUGUGAAUGUAUAG